AUGGGUUCCCAACAAGAUGAGGAUACGGCGCCAAAACCACUUGAAAUCCCCAAAAAGCCGUCCAGUUCCCGCCACAAUUCCCCUUUAGUCCAGGUCAUUCUCAUCGGGCUGGUCUGCUUCUGCUGCCCGGGGAUGUACAGUGCCCUCGUCGGCAUGGGCGGCGGCGGCCAGGUCGACCCCACCGCCGCCAACAACGCCAACACCGCCCUCUACGCCGCCUUCGCGGUUUUCGGCGUCCUUGGCGGCGGAAUCUACAACAUCCUCGGCCCCCGCCUCACCUUGCUCUGCGCCUGCCCGACCUACCCUCUGUACGCCGCCUCCUUCCUCUACUACAACCACCGCCACCGCCAGGAAUUCUCCAUCGUCGCCGGAGCCCUACUCGGCGUCGGCGCCGGCCUCCUGUGGGCCACCCAGGGCGCAAUCAUGACGUCGUACCCUGCCCGAGGUAAAAAGGGCAUCCACAUUUCAAUAUUCUGGAGUAUUUUCACCAUGGGCGGCGUAAUCGGUGGUUUGAUUCCGUUUACCCUGAAUUUCCAUAGAAACGAGGCUCUUUCUGUGAAUGAUGGUACGUAUAUCGGUUUCGUGGUGUUCAUGUCGAUCGGGACAUUGCUGUCCCUAUCCAUCUUGCAUCCGGGUCGGGUCGUCCGGGAUGACGGGUCCCACUGCACGAGAAUCGAGUACUCCAGCGUGCGGAUUGAGGCCCGUGAAAUCCUGAAGCUCUUUCUCGACUGGAAGAUGCUCCUGAUGGUGCCGGCCUUUUGGGCGAGCAAUUUCUUUUACAGCUAUCAGUUUACCAAUGUGAACGGUGUUUUGUUUAACCUCAGGACACGGGGUUUGAACAAUGUGUUGUACUGGGGUGCGCAGAUGAUUGGGUCCGUGUGUAUCGGUUUUGUGAUGGAUUUUAGUUUCAGAAGCAGGCGGGCCCGCGGGCUUUUUGGUGUUGGGCUUGUGGCCAUACUCGGGACGGCUGUUUGGGGUGGUGGGCUCGUGGAGCAGCUCGAUUAUAGCCGUGUUGAUUUGCCAGACCGGAGGCUAGAUUUCAUGGAUGGCGGCAGUUAUGCGGGCCCGUUUGUGCUGUACUUUAGUUAUGGGCUGCUCGAUGCAAUGUUUCAGAGCAUGGUGUAUUGGGUGGUUGGCGCAUUAGCUGAUGAUACUGAGAUUCUUAGCAGGUACAACGGGUUGUUUAAGGGAGUGCAGAGUGCCGGGGCUGCUGUUUCUUGGCAACUUGUUAAAGAUGAUGAAAUUGAACAGAAUUCUAAGGAAGGUGGUACGUCAAGUUAG